AAAAAGAAGGCAAACGACAAUAUCUUUAUUAACCUUUUCAUCCUCGGCUCCUUCUUCUCUGUUCUUCUUCCUUUUGAUGUUUGCUGUGUCACAAAACCGAACCACUCAUCAUUCUCUAUCAGUCUAUCUUACACACAUAUGGAGGAGAUAGAAGAGGGGAAUGUGGGGAAGAUGGAAGGAGUAGCAUCAAUAGCAUUGUUGCCAUGUGGCUCUCUCUCAGGACACUUCAUCCAACUUCCUCAUUCUAUUUGCUAUGGCCUUUGUGGCACUGAAUUGGAAUGUGAAAGGGAAUGCAGUAGGGGUGAGGAUUAUCGCCUCAUCAAACUCUCGAUCACAGAUUUCAAUAUGAAGAAAGAACAAACCACUGUUGUGGAGUGCAAAGGGCAUGAUGCUGCUCGGUUCCACAGUAUUGAUCAUGCUCACGGUUGGGAUAAGGAUGUCACAGGUAUGAUUGAACAAAAGGAUGGGAAGAAAAGAAUCUCAGUGUCAUUUGAGUGUGAGACACUGAAAGCUGAUAAAGCAGCUGAAGACCACAUCAGGAAGUUCUUGCCAAAAUUAGCUGGUCUGGAUGCUGUUGUUAACAUAGGAAAGAUGAAGAUUUCUGGAUUGGAUUUUGGAGCAGAGGAAGAGGAUGAAGAGACUGAGUAGUAAUUUUGAUACAUUGUAACUAAUUAAUGUCCAUUAAGCUAUUGAAAGGAAGACUGAAAUGCAUGAUUUGAGCAAAUACUGCAGAAAUUUGUUUUGUAAAAGAAUCUGAUGUUUGCCCAAAAAUCAUCCUUAAUUAGAGACAACUCAGGCUCUA